UGUGACGUGGCGCAAACGUGUGACGCCUGCUUGCUGCUGAAGCUGGUGUUGGCCGUCCAUUACCCAGCCGGCUCGGAGAGACAUUUUAUUUUCGUGCAGUUUGCUCAGUGGCUGAUAUGGAGACUUCUGCAACCUCGCACAAGAAGCAGAAACUGAGCAACGCGAUUCAGAACUGGGGGAUGCAACGAGCUACUAACGUGACCUACCAAGCUCAUCAUGUGAGCCGAAACAAACGUGGACAAGCCGUCGGGACAAGAGGAGGCUUCCGGGGAUGCACCGUGUGGCUCACAGGUCUGUCUGGAGCGGGCAAGACGACGGUGAGCAUGGCUCUGGAGGAGCACCUGGUGUGUCACGGUAUCCCCUGCUACACUCUGGAUGGCGACAACAUCAGACAGGGCCUGAACAAAAACCUGGGCUUCAGCCCUGAAGACCGAGAGGAGAACAUCCGCCGUAUAGCCGAGGUGGCCAAGCUGUUCGCCGACGCCGGUCUUGUGUGCAUCGCCAGCUUCAUCUCCCCGUACAGCAGGGACCGCCUGAACGCAAGAAAGAUUCACGAAGCAGCGGGCCUCCCAUUCUUUGAAGUUUUUGUGGAUGCACCACUGGAUGUGUGCGAGCAAAGAGACGUGAAGGGCCUUUACAAGAGAGCCAGAGCUGGAGAGAUCAGAGGGUUCACAGGAAUCGACUCUGAGUACGAGAAGCCUGAGGCUCCUGAGCUGGUGCUGAAGACUGACUCCUGCAGUGUGAACGAGUGCAUCCAGCAGCUGCUCGAUCUUCUGCAGGAGAGAGACAUUGUACCUGUAGACGCUUCUUAUGAGGUGAAGGAGCUCUACGUGCCUGAGAACAAGCUGGACUUGGCUAAGGCUGAUGCAGAGACUCUGCCUGCUAUUGAGAUCGGAAAGGUGGACAUGCAGUGGGUUCAGGUGCUGGCUGAGGGCUGGGCCACUCCGCUCAACGGCUUCAUGAGAGAGAGGGAGUACCUCCAGUGCCUGCAUUUUGACUGCCUGCUCGACGGAGGAGUUAUUAACUUGUCCGUGCCGGUGGUCCUGCCCGUCUCUGGCGCAGACAAGGAGCGUCUAGACGGCUGCACUGCGGUGGCGCUGGUCUACAGCGGGCGGCGCGUGGCCAUCCUGCGCAACCCCGAGUUCUACGAGCACCGCAAGGAGGAGCGCUGUGCCCGCCAGUGGGGCACCACCUGCAAGGACCACCCCUAUAUCAAGAUGGUGAUGGAGAGUGGUGACUGGCUGGUGGGAGGAGAUCUGCAGGUGCUGGACCGAAUCUACUGGAACGAUGGCCUGGACACCUACCGCCUCACCCCCAAUGAACUCAAACAGAGGUUUAAAGAACUGAACGCAGAUGCAGUAUUUGCGUUCCAGCUGAGGAACCCAGUCCAUAACGGUCACGCGUUGCUGAUGCAGGACACGCGCAGACGCCUGAUGGAUCGUGGCUAUCGCCGACCCGUGCUGCUGCUGCACCCACUGGGCGGCUGGACCAAAGACGAUGACGUGCCGCUGCCAUGGCGCAUGAGGCAGCAUGCCGCCGUGCUCGAGGAGGGCCUGCUCGACCCCGCCUCCACCGUGGUGGCCAUCUUCCCCUCACCCAUGAUGUACGCCGGACCCACCGAGGUGCAAUGGCACUGCAGAGCCCGAAUGGUAGCCGGUGCCAACUUCUAUAUCGUAGGCCGAGACCCAGCUGGCAUGCCUCACCCAGACACAGGCAAGGACCUGUACGACCCUACUCACGGAGCCAAGGUCCUUACAAUGGCACCCGGCCUCAUCUCUCUGGAGAUUGUGCCCUUCAGAGUGGCGGCCUACAACAAAGUCAAGAAGGCCAUGGACUUUUAUGAGCCCAAAAACCACCAGGACUACGACUUCAUUUCAGGCACGCGCAUGAGGAAGAUGGCACGAGAGGGCGAGAACCCGCCGGACGGCUUCAUGGCCCCGAAAGCCUGGACUGUGCUGAAGGAGUACUAUAAAUCCCUGGAGAAGGUGUAAGUCAUCGCCUGGGUGGAGAGAGGAGGGCUGACGGUGGUUCUGUUACAGUCAAAAGGAAGGAAAAGAAGUUGCAAGUAGGGGGGAGAAACAUGGUCAAGCACGGGGACCAUUCAAACCUGUCCCAGCUUUGCAUAUGGAAGUGGUGUAAUGAAUAUUAUCUUGUUGCUUACAACACACAUCUCCGGUUCUUUAAGUUACUGUCUGUUUUUUUUUGUUUUGUUUUUUUAAACUGUUCUUAGAUGGAUAUGUCUUUUUACGCCUAACUUAUUUACUCCACAAGGAAAACUGUUGCAUUUUAAAAGCAUUUUUAAAUGGUUUCAUGUGAAGACCUUGGUCAAAGAAAAAAAAAAACAGUUCACUAAUAUUAAGUUGUUAUAUAGUUAAACAUCGAAGUGUAAAUGUUGUGCUCCAAAUGAUAUGAGUCCUAAUUUUCACAACAAUUUUGGUAUUACUGUAACAAAACACAUUAUUUAACUCAUUAUUUAAACUUGAAUUGCAGAUUUCCCCUGUCUGAGCCUGUCAGGAUGUAAACAUCAAAAAUUAAAGAACAAUACGUUAUGUCUUAAGAAUAAUCAGCCAUUUUGCCUUAAUAUACUACCUUUGAUCUGAGGUAGGGAUGCAUCGCUACCAAAGUGUAGACCCUGGCGUGCAAGCAUGUCUCAGUGUUCACAGAAACGAUGUGCUCUCAUGUGCAAACGUUUUUCUACUUGCUUCCUUCAGUACUCCACACCCGUGAAUACCUCUGUGUGCGUGCAAUUCGCGGCACUUUGGACCCAUUUUUAAUGACCGUACUCGCUGAUAUUGCUCUGUGAGAUCAGGCCGACCGUCCUCGCUCUCUGUAUUAAAGAUACGGUUUAAACACCAGGAGAUGAUUUAGCAAGUCAGUUGUAUUUUUGGAAGCAUCUGUAACUAUAGUUCUUCCUCUUUCUAUAUUCACAGAGCACAGUUUGCAGUCUGCUUUGCUUUGAUUGCCGUAAUUAAUCGUGAAAUACUUCCUGUCUUCUGUUCAUUAGCGUUACAACAUACUAGGAUUACGUCACCUAGUAUCAUAUGUUGGUAUCGGAGCAUUUUACAAGUAAAUGAGAACAGACACCUGAUACCAGUAUCGGUAACGAUGCAUCCCUAAUCUGAGGUAGUUAAACAGAUUAGGUCAAAACGGUUUCCUGAAAAACGUCCACUGCCAAUCUUACUUUCUUUAGGUUAUUUGUCAUAUGACCUCAUCAGAGUACAGAUGAGGUUUGGUUAUUUGCAACCUAACUGUAUGUUCUUUAGUGUUAAGCACUAUACAGCCAAGUCCAGUUUGUGGACACCUGACCAUUACGCCCAUAUGUGCUUUUUGAACAUCCCAUUCCCGAGUUAGUUCCCCUUUGCUUUUAUAAUAAUGUCCACUCUUCUGGGAAGGCUUUCCACUAGAUUUUGGAAGGUGGCGGUGGGGAUUUGUGCAUUAGUGAGGGCAGGUGAGGAGGACUGGGGUGCAGUCAGUGUUCCAGUUCAUGCCAAAGGUGUUCAGUGGGAUUGAGGUCAGGGCUCUGUGCAGGACACUCGAGUUCUUCCACUCCAACCUUGGCACACCAUCUCUUCAUGGAGUUCGCUUUGUGCACAGGGGCAUUGUCAUGCUGGAACAUGUUUGGGCCUCUUAGUUCCAGUGAAGGGAAAUCUUAAUGCUAUGGCAUACAAUGACAUUCAAUACAGUUGUGUGCUUCCAACUUUGUAGCAACAGUUUAGGGAAGAACCACAUAUGGGUGUGACGAUCAGGUGUCCACAAGCUUUUGGCCAUAUAGUGUAUCUCUGAUAUAUUUAUAUCAAAUUUAGAUAUUGGAAACACAUGUUUUUUUUUUUCCCAUGUUGUCUAAGAUGGACAGUUAAGAUGGUCAAGCUAUGGGGUAAUAUCUUUAAUGAUGUAAGGUUGAUGUGAUUGAAAUACCUUUACCAAUACUGAUUUAAUCCAUGGUGGGACUAACUAUGUUAGCUUGUCUAUAGCAUAUUAGUGCACACACAGACACACACACAUACCCAGACCCAGUUGUUUAACCUGACUGAGAUGAGUGGUUUCUAUAGAUGUUUGUUAUUGUUUUAGCCUGUAGUUGGAACUUUGCUUUUUUUAUUAGUCAAUCCAGUAUCUAUGUGGAUUAGUUAUUAGUUUCUAAUCUUUUGAGUUAACAUUUCUUACUUUCAGCAUUGUCAUUUAUUACAUCAUCACCAAUAAACCAUUCCAAGCAAACUGA